UCUUCGCUUCUGAUUGGUCGAGUCGCAAGUGCCAUAGUGGAUUCGGAAGUUGAGAUAUUCGGCGGUGUUCGCGCUCGUUUGCGAUGUAUUGCGUAUUAUUAUUUGUGACGUCGAACGUUGCAUAGUGUGGAUGUGCGGAUAUAAUAUCGAUCGAGCUUCGUAGCGUCGAAGAAACAUAAUCAUGCAUCGCAUCGAUCAUAAUUAUGUCACGGUAGGAUACUACGUACGAACAAGUGGCAACAACAAUACAACAGCAAUGCAAUGGCAAUACUAUAACGAUGUAAUGGUAAUGCAAUGGUAGUGGCAAUCCAAAAGCGGUACAGUGAUAAUACAACAGCAGUACUACAACACUGCAAUGGUCUAUCAAUCGACAGCAGCAGAUCAGUCGGCAUCGUCUUCAUUCUGGAGUCCUACUCUCAAAACCGACAUCUUCUCUCAAACCGAUAGCGCAACUUUCUUCCCCACGGCCCACGGCUUGGUGCAAACCCAUCCGACUGGUGGUGCGUUUCGGAGCGGUUUCGGCGGGAUCGACAACCUCGGCAGUCGAGGGGUAACGAUAAGGCCGCCGCGGACGCGGCCUCUUGAUUAUAAUGAGCGCUCUACCGCCGAAUUGCGCCGAAAUCCAUCGCUCUCGGCACCGGACGAGUGCGCUCGUGCUUGCCGCGAGAGCGAGCCGCCCAGGAUAUGCUAUUAUCACUUCACACUCGAGUAUUAUACCGUACUCGGAGCAGCGUGUCAAGUAUGCACACCGAAUGCAACCAAUUCCGUAUGGAGCGAUUGUCAGUGUGUCCUGGCGGACGGAGUAGAGAGGGGUAUUUUGACCGCGAACAGAAUGAUCCCUGGCCCGAGUAUUCAGGUAUGCCAGGGUGACAAAGUUGUUAUCGACGUGGAAAAUCAUAUAGAAGGAAUGGAAGUCACAAUUCACUGGCAUGGAGUAUGGCAAAGAGGAUCUCAAUAUUACGACGGUGUACCUUACGUAACACAAUGUCCCAUUCAAGAGGGUAAUACGUUUAGAUAUCAAUGGACAGCCGGCAAUGAGGGUACACAUUUCUGGCAUGCUCAUACUGGCAUGCAAAAGAUAGAUGGUCUCUAUGGGAGCGUAGUAAUCCGACAACCGCCAAGCAAGGAUCCUAAUAGCAAUCUGUACGAUUACGAUUUAACCACGCACGUGAUGCUUAUCAGUGAUUGGUUCCACGAGAGUGGUACCGAGCGUUUUCCGGGUCGUCUUGCAGUCAAUACCGGUCAAGCACCUGAAAGCGUGCUGAUCAAUGGGAAAGGUCAAUUUAGGGAUCCUAACACCGGUUUCAUGACAAACACGCCACUUGAAGUGUUCACGAUAACUUCGGGCCGUCGUUAUCGAUUCCGAAUGAUUAAUUCAUACGGAUCAGUAUGCCCCGCUCAAAUUACAGUCGAGGGUCACACUCUCACCGUCAUCGCCACCGAUGGUGAAGCAGUUCAGCCAAUACAAGUGAACACUAUAAUUUCAUUUUCAGGUGAACGUUACGAUUUCGUCAUAAAUGCCGAUCAGCCUAUCGGCGCUUAUUGGAUUCAACUUCGUUCGCUCGGAGAAUGCGGAAUUCCACGCGCCCAGCAGCUGGCUAUUCUGCGAUACGCUCGUGGUCCUUAUCAACCGACUACUACACCGCCUACAUAUGAUUUCGGUCUUCCACAGGGCGUCGUUCUGAAUCCCUUGGAUGCUAUUUGCAACCGACCGCGUGAGGAUGCAAUUUGCGUGAAUCAGUUGAAAAACGCCCGACACAUCGAUCAGGGUAUCCUCCAGCAACGCCCCGACGUGAAGAUCUUCUUGCCGUUCCGCUUCCUGUUCUACAGACCCGAGGAGGUCUUCCAGCCACAGACCUACAAUCGCUUCCUCGUUGCGCCGACUGGCGACCAUGUGAUUUCGCUCGUGGAUGAGAUCUCAUUCACGUUUCCUCCGGCGCCGCCACUCUCGCAGAUCGAUGACAUCCCACCUGAACAGUUCUGCAACGGUGAUAAUAGACCAGCUGACUGCGGCGCCAAUUGCAUGUGCACGCAUCAGGUCGACAUUCCGCAUAAUGCGGUCGUCGAGGUGGUUCUCGUAGACGAAGUACAACAGCCCAAUCUGUCGCAUCCCUUCCACUUGCACGGAUACGCGUUCAACAUAGUCGGCAUCGGCCGUUCUCCCGAUAGGAAUGUAAAGAAGAUCAAUUUGAAGCACGCCCUCGAUCUCGAUAAGCGAGGUCUUUUGCACAGACAAUUCAACCUGCCACCUGCCAAAGACACCAUCGCCGUUCCCAACAAUGGUUACGUCAUCUUCCGCUUCCGCGCGAACAACCCGGGAUACUGGCUGUUCCACUGUCAUUUCUUGUUCCACAUAUUGAUUGGCAUGAACCUGAUCCUUCACGUUGGGACGCACGCGGAUCUGCCGCCGAUACCGCCAAAUUUCCCGACCUGUGGUGACCAUUUGCCGCCCAUCACGCCGCCAUUGUCAUUGAACGCGUUCCACUGAUGCGCGAUUGAUUGAUGAGCGACGAGCUCAGAAACACUGAGAGAGACGCUCCAAAGUCCAUACGAUAUUUGUAGCAUAUUCCUGUAAAGUAGCGCGAGCCUGUAAUAUUCUUUUUUUUUUUAAACUACGCAACACCUUGUCGGUUUACUCUCGAGAACGUACUCUGCUCGAGACGAUCGCGAUCGAUCGCGAGCAAGGAAUUCAAAGGGUGUCGACCCGUUACCUUACGUAAUCCGACUGAGAGCGAAGAAAAUGGCAAGGUGAGUUAGAUACAUUGAAGGUGUUAGUGAGGCAACGGGUUAACAAAAGGUGAUCGAUGCCCUGCUGGGCAUCGCGAAACGA